CCCUCACUCAACAUAUAGAGGUACAAAGACUUUGACAUACUAGAACUGGAGAGAGAGAGAGAGAGAGAAAGAAUGGAGGCUUUCCCAGUCAUUUACAUGGAGAAACUUAAUGGUGAAGAGAGAGCAACUACUAUGGAGAUGAUCAAAGAUGCUUGUGAGAACUGGGGCUUUUUUGAGUUGAUGAAUCAUGGUAUAUCCCAUGAGCUUAUGGACAGUGUGGAGAGGCUAACAAAGGAUCACUACAAGAAGUGCAUGGAACAGAGGUUCAAAGAAAUGGUGGCAAGCAAGGGUUUAGAGGCUGCUCAGUCUGAAAUCGAUGAUUUAGACUGGGAAAGCACCUUCUUCCUGCGCCAUCUUCCUGCUUCUAACAUCUCCGAAAUCCCCGAUCUCGAAGAAGAUUACAGGAUGACAAUGAAGGAAUUUGCAAAGAAACUAGAAGAACUAGCAGAGCAGCUUUUAGACUUGUUAUGUGAGAAUCUAGGGAUAGAGAAAGGGUACCUCAAGAAGGCUUUCUAUGGCUCCAAGGGUCCAACCUUUGGCACCAAGGUCAGCAACUACCCUCCGUGUCCCCACCCGGAGCUGAUCAAGGGCCUCCGAGCCCACACCGACGCUGGUGGAAUCAUCCUCCUCUUCCAAGACGACAAGGUCAGCGGACUCCAGCUGCUCAAGGAUGGCGAAUGGAUCGAUGUCCCUCCGAUGAAGCACUCCAUUGUAAUCAACAUAGGUGACCAACUUGAGGUAAUCACAAAUGGCAUGUACAAGAGUGUGAUGCACCGUGUGAUUGCUCAGUCAGACAGAAACAGAAUGUCGCUAGCCUCAUUCUACAAUCCGGGCAGCGAUGCUGUCAUCUAUCCGGCACCUGCACUGGUAGAGAAAGGACAAGAGCAAAAGCAAGUGUAUCCGAAAUUCGUGUUCGAGGACUACAUGAAGCUCUAUGCUGGCCUGAAGUUUCAGGCCAAGGAGCCAAGGUUCGAAGCCAUGAAGGCCGUGGAAAGUACCAUCAACUUGGGUCCAAUCAUAACAGUUUGAGUUCAAUGUCAACUGUGUUUGUGUGUGUGUUUACGGGUCACUGAGGCUAAUAAGGCAAUUAGCAAGACUUUAAGAUAAUUAAAGCUACUCGUUUAGCCUAGUUUUUUUUAAUUUUCUGAUGUGUGAUUAAGUUUAGAGCUUGUCUUGGAGUUCAUUAAGUAUUGGGUGUUUGGUUGUGGUGGUGUUCGUGAUGUAUUGUAUUGCAUAAAGUAACUACAACUUUUCUUUUCGAUGUGA